AUGAUGCCGAAACACAUCUCUUGCACAGCGACAAAUGUACAGCUAGGAGUUAGAAGGUUCCCUGACCGUCAUGAACGACCGCUAAUCAAGGCGUGGCGGUGUGAUCUGACCGCUCUGUCUCGGAGUCACAACUUCUAUUUCGUAGCAUGCAAUGACGCUGUCCACGUCUAUCGGCCCAAGUUCCCGGAUCAGUCGAUAGCAGGCGAACCGGACCUGGUACUGUACCCGCCGAUAUCAUCGCCAUACCUGCAGCCCGGGAUCGACUAUGAAGACUCGCAUUCCAUCACCAGACUCCACGUCGACUACCUAGGCCAGGACGAGAUCAUCCUCAUCACCUGCGAUGAUGGCGACGUGGUCGGGUACCGCACUGAAGAGAUCCAGCGCGUGCUCGACAAGCGAAUGGAGAGUUCAGACAAUGAGCAAGAAUUUCAAACUGAUGACUCGGUGAGGACGUUCUUGCACCGCAACGUUGGCGCCAGCGCCUGGGGUUUGGCUAUCCAUAGGGAAGCGCGCAUGAUCGCCAUCAGCGCCAACACCCACAAAGUCACUGUCCUUGCCUACGCGUUAGCCAAAGCAGAUGGACCUUCAAACGACUCCUCGGACUCCGACUCCGAAUUGGAGGACUGUCCUGGAGAAGAGGACCCAGCGGACUUCCCUUCUCCACGGUGUCAAGACCAUGUCAUUACUCUCUCCGCACGACACAACGUCCCCGCAGUCUCCUUCAACAAUAGCGGCGACGACGCAUCGGGGAGGUGGCUUUCGAGUAGCUCGAUCGACGGCGAAGCCACAAUAUGGGACCUGCACCACCCAAAGCAGUCUGCCCGGACCAUCCAGCUCGGCUUCUGCGCGAGUGUCAAGGACCCUACCAAGGCUCCGAAGCUCAGUGCCGGGAGCUGCGCAUGUAUGAGACCCAGCAACUUCCCCCACGCUGUCUGGAGCACCAUGUUUCUGGAUGCAAGCACUGCCCAUGAAGAACCUCCACCUCCACUCUCAACGUUGCCGUCGCAGCGCGCUGUGCCCUAUCUAUGGGAUGUCAGUGGGUGUAAGACGCGUUUCACCCUCAAAGAGCGGAAGACGUCAUCGAACGAUGUCAUGUACGACGAAGAGUCGAGUGAGAUGGACGUGUCGGAGUCUGAUUCCGACGCCUCGGACGACAGUCAGUCGCCUCCAUCAGCGCCGACAGAGUUCGACGACAGCGCGCAGUCACAUCAAUUAGAAGAAGCCUCCGAUGCAAAUGCCGAAGAUGUUGGCGCGGCUGGGCCAUCUCAGAUAUCCACUCAGUCCUCGGAAAAUCUUGCUGUUACAGAUACACCCGAACUUGAUGAAGCCGCGCUCGAGGCUUUCAUCUCUUCGCAUUUCGAGCUGCAGUACGGGUCACCGCCACCAGCACUCAGCAAUGCCAUCAAUGUUUUUGGCGUGUGGUUUCACCCUCCAGGGACCACUAACGAAGCCACCGCAGAGGAUGACGAUGACGAGAGCGAUACGGAUGAUGAAAACGGCACGACAUCCACCACUCAUAGUCACAUGGCGUUCAUCAAUUCUGCUCGACCUACGCGGGCGUAUUGCGAGAUUACGACUGCGCCUCGCUUCGAAAAGCAGCCGCAAAGCACAUCCCCCCUUCUUAUAGUCACGAAAGAAGACAUAUAUCUCUAUCAACGACCGCUCGACUACAGCGGCGACCAUCUUGACCCAACCGUCACCAUCCGCCGACCGCUCCACCCAGCUGAACGGAACACCAGGUGGCCAUUCAUCCCCGGCUCGCACGAUCGGCACUGCUACACGACGCAAAUCCCCGAACUUGGCGUCUUCAUCAUCGCCUCCCCGAACGGACGCGCGGGCAUCUUCAGCCUGACCAAAACACAAUUCCAGCCAGACGCUCGCCCAAUCCACAGCUUCAAGCUCGAGUACGUACUCCCCUUUGCCAACGACGACGAAGACAAGAUCUGCCACGUCGACGGCGCGAGACUGGUUGGCGUCGCGGCUGGACCUGUGCAAGGCAUGCUCGAUGAGCCCGGCGAAAGUGGUAAUAGUGGGGAGGAUGGGAUCGGAGGGGGGAAGAAGCCUGGUAGUCGGCGGUGGAGGCUGAUGAUGUAUUUCACCGACCAUACUGUCUUGGCUUUUGAGCUGGGGACGCGCAGGGCAGGCGAGGUGCCCGAGGUUGGCGAGUUGAUCGUCUAG